AUGGAAGUAGACAGUGACUCGAGUUCCGUUUCCGAAGCUGGAAAGUCUAAUUCUGACCCGGUUUUUAUGAGGAAAGUCUUUUUCUCAAAGGAGUUGGGUGAUGAUGACGAUGGAAAACCGGAAAAUCUUUUUCCACCUUUCUUCAUGCAAUUACCAAGCGAACUCAUACUCAAGAUUAUGGAUUCCGUUUCCGGUGUUGAUAUAGCAAAGUUGAGCUGUGUAUGCUCGGAAUUGAGAUACUUGGCGUCAAGUGAAGAUCUUUGGAAACAAAAGUACAUUAUUGCCCAAUUUGGGAAUUAUCAUGAGAGGUUGGGGAGUGAGAGGAGUUUCAAAGAGAGAUUUGCGAAGGCUUGGGAAGGGCGGAAGAGUGGAAAUGGAGGAUCUUCUUUGAAUGUCAUGAAAAGGAAUCGUUUUAAUCCAUUUGGUUGUGAUUUAGAAGGAGAUGAUAAUGAAUGGCGGGAGAUUGUACGCCUUUGUCAGCUGAGGAUUGGUGUUCCUUGA